AUGGCUGCAUAUUAUUACACGUCUUUAGGUAAUUCAUAUCAGUAUCUAAGCGAUAUUAAUUCAACUGUUUAUUCACAUAGCUAUUUAUCUCCGCAUUAUUGUCCCGUUUUAUAUUUGUUAAAAAUCCUUUUGCCUUCAAUUGCUAAUAGUUUUCUUUCUUUACUUUUGUUUUCUUUCUUCUUUCUUUUUAUUUGUCGUUCAUUAUUUCAUUUGUUUUAUUCGUUAGCUUUGUCUUUUCUUUAUUUUAUUCUUAUUAGUUUUUUUUCUUUCUUUUUCUCAUUCUUUCAUUUUUCCUACUAUUGUUUCUAUAUUUUCUUUUUUAUUAUUAUUUCUGCUUUCACUCCUUAUCUUUCUUUCUUUCUUUCUUUCUUUCUUUCUUUCUUUCACCCAUUUUUAUUCGUUUACUUUCUUGUUUAUUUAAUUUUCCUAUCUCUUUCCCUCGUCGUCGUUUUCUCUGUUCCUUCUACCUUACCGUAUUUAUUCCUACCUUUCUUUUUUAGUCCUCUCUCUUUCCCCUUUCAUAGUUUUCUUUUUUCCUUCUCUUUCUAUUGUUUACCAUAUUCUUUCCUUUCUUCAUUCCUUCAUUCCUUCCUUCCUCCACCCCUCACUUCGUUUUUUCCUCUGUCUCACUCUUAUCAUUUCCCUCUCUUCCUUCGUCUUCUCUCUCACUUCCUUCUUUCCUUUUCAAUCCUCUCUCUUUCUUAUCGUUUUUCUUUCCUUCAUUGCAUAACACAGUCAUUCCUUCCUCUCUCUUCCUUCCUUCCUUCCUUCCUUCCUUCCUUCCUUCCUUCCUUCCUUUUUAGUCCUAUCUCACCCCCCUUUGGUACUUUUCUUCGUUCCUUCUCUUUCUAUUGCUUACCAUAUUCCUUCCUUCCUUCCUUCCUUCCUUCCUUCCUUCCCUUUCUCUCAUUAUUUUCACUUCCUUCCGCCCUUGUUUGCCCUCUCUUUCCUCUUUCGUCCUUUUCUUUAUUCCUUCUCUUUCUAUUGCUUAACAAACUUCCCCCUUUCCUUCCCCUCUUUCUUCGUUUCCUCCUCUCAUCUCUCUCAUCAUUUUACCCCUCUUCCUUCAUUCUCUCUCCCAUUUGCUUUCUUUUUUUUAAAUCUCCUCUCCUUCUUCUCUCGUACUUCUCUUUCUUUCUUCCUCUAUUGCUAUUUUCCAUCCUUUCCUCUCAUUUCCUUCCUUCCUUCCUUCCUUCCUUCCUUCCUUCCUUCCUUCCUUUUAUCCCUCGCUCUUUAGCGUUUGUCAUUUUCUUUGUUCCUUCUCCCUAUAUUGCUUACCUUAUUCCUUCAUUUCAUCUUACCACAUUCCUUUCUUCCUCUCUCUUCCUUUCUUCCCGCCCUCGAACCUUUCAUUUUUCCUUUCCCUGUCGUCUCUCGGCCUUCUCUUUGUUCAUUCCUCCAUUAAUUAACGCAUUCAUUCGUUCCUCUCUCUCCCUUACUUCUCUCGUCUUUUUCUCUCAUUAUAUCCUUCCGUCAUUCCUUCCUUCUCGCUUCCAUCUUUUUUUAGGCCUCUUUACUUCCAUUCUUUUCGUUUUUCAUUCUCUGUCUAUUGCUUACCUUAUUCAUUCAUUUCCUCUCUCUUCCUCAUUUCCACCAGUCCUCUCUCCGUUCCAUCCCCUCAUUUUUCUCUUUUUUCGUUCAUUUCUUUCAUCCUUUACCCUCUUCCUUCCUUCCUUCCUUCCUUCCUUCCUUCCUUCCUUCCUUCCUUUUACACUCACACUUCCUUCCUUACAUUUUGAGUCUUCUCUUUUUCCUCUUUUUUCCUUCUCUUUCCCUCUCUCUUUCACCUCUCGUCCUUCUCUUUGUUCAUUCCACCAUUUCUUAACACAUUCAUUGAUUCCUCUCAGUCUUCCUUCCUUCCUUCCUUCCUUCCUUCCUUCCUUCCUUCCUUCCUUCCUUCCUCCAUCUCUAUCUGUCAUAAUUUUCCUUCCUUCCUUCCUUCCUUCCUUCCUUCCUUCCUUUGCCCCUGGUUCCUCCUCCUCCUCUUUCUCCCUUCCUUCCUUCUUAUCAGCUUCUACCCUCCCUCCUUCUUUUUCUCUUUUCAAAAUAUUUUCUUUCUUUCUUUCUUUCUUUCUUUCUUUCUUUCUUUCUUUCUUUCUUUGCUUAUCUCUAUUUCUUUCUUUCUUUCUUUCUUUCUUUCUUUCUUUCUUUCUUUCUUUCUUUUUAAUUCUCUCACUUUCUUUCAUUCUGCGCCCUUUGUUUCUUUCUAAAUGUGCCCCUCAUUCUUUCUUAUUUCAAUUUUCUUAUACCUAUUUUCACCUUGACUUUCUUUGUUCUUUCUUGUCACAUAGUUUCCUUCUUUCUUUCUUUCUUUCUUUCUUUCUUUCUUUCUUUCUUUCUUUCUUUCUUUCUUUCUUUCUAAUUGUGAGUCUUUUUCUUUUUUUCUAA